AUGGCGUCCCUUCUCUCCAACCCCACCCUCAUUCUUGGCCUUUUGGCCGCACAAUCGCUCGCAAUUCCUGCUCCGCUCCCUUCCGCCACCUCGGCCCCCGUCAAGCGCGAUGACUUGUCCUGCUGGGACAAGGUCAGCGACGGCCAGGUUUUCCAAGCCACGAAUGCCCAAUGGGACAUUAUCUGCGGCACCGACUAUGCUGGCGGUGACAUGGGUGUCUCUUGGGUAGGCUCUUUCGAAGAGUGUAUUCGGGACUGUGACACUACCAGUGGCUGCGUUGAUGUCUCCUUCGUGUGGCCCAACGCUUGUUACAAGAAAAACGCCCUUGGCUCUCCUUCUUCUGUUGAUUCCGUGUGGACCGCAAAGAAGAAGACGACCGGCAGCGAUACUUCCGUUUCUACUCCAUUGUCUUGCGAGAACAGUGCCAGCGAUGGCGUCACGUACACUUCCUCAAAGGGCACCUUCCUCAUCGAGUGCGGCAUUGACUAUGCUGGCGGCGAUAUGGGCUCUUCGAACACUGCUUCGUUCGAGGCCUGUAUCGAGGAUUGUGCCUCGACCGACGGCUGCAUCGAUGUCAGCUACGUGUAUGGCUCUUGCUACAAGAAGAACGCUCUCAACGACCCUGUUUCGCUCAGCCACGUCUGGACCGCCAAGAAGGUUGCAUCGGACACGGAUUCGUCUUCCACUGCUACUAUCACGUCCGCGGCAACAACCACCACGGCCACUGCCACCGCAACCGCUAUCACUUGCCCCUCCAGCAAUGGAACCAUCACUGGCAUGUCUACUGGCGGCACCUAUGAGAUACUCUGCGCCAUCGACUAUGCCGGCGGUGACUUCAAGGAGGUUGACACUCCUACUUUCGAGGAGUGUCUCGAGGCCUGUGACAACAACGAGGGAUGCGUUGCCCUUUCCUACGUCGCGCCGUCCUGCUACCUGAAGAGCGAGCUCAUGACCCCGGUCUCCGUCUCCUACGUCUGGGGUGCCGUCGUCAAGAAGUCUGCCAAGGACAUCUACGCCUUCCCCACUGUUGCUGAUCAGACUCUCGAAGCUGGUGCAACUGAAUCGAUGAUGGCCGAGCCCAUGACACUCGAGAGCCCACCUCUUGCCACCCUUGGCCCCGUCGCUCCCCCGGGCAUCAACAUGGGUGGUCUCAAGGUGUUGACACCCAAUGCGACCAACGCUCUGUGGUACAACGGUGACGACGACGCCAUGGACGACGAUGAGUCCGGUGCCGUCACCGUCCGCCUGACCAUCGAGUACAAGUACCCCUCCAUCGUCCUGGACCACUCCAUCUACAUCACUGGCGUCUCCUGCGGCGGCGGCGUCCUGACCGGUACCUUCACCGAGCAGACGCCGUUCCUGCACGCUGCCACUGAGUGGCCUAGCCAGGCUCCGCUCCUGCUCAUCAGCGCUGAGUCGAGCUGUGGCAACGGCGAGCAGAAUGCCUUCUGGCUCGCCAGCUCCGUCUCCUUCGACACGGGCGCCAUGACCUUCAGCGCGCCCGGUGAGUCGGUCGAGCUUGCCGAUAUUUACGAACAGAUGGACAUUGAUUUCGGCAAAGUCGAAUACGAAACCGACGACGGGAGCGACACCUCUUCUGAUGAUGGCACCGACACCUGCGGCAGCCCCAGCUCGUCCUUCCUCGACGAUCUCCCUGCCGUGGCCUGCGGUGCCGACUUCGAUCAGGCCCUCGAUGAUGCGCUUGGCUACUACUCUGCCAACGGCGCCAGCCAGCAGGCCGUUCUCGCCAUCGCUGGUGUGCCGGAGGAUGACGAGUCGAGCCUGGCCAAGCGCGGCUGGUUCUCCUCCCUCAUUAAGGCUGUCGUCAAGGUCGCCACAGUGGUUGUAAAGGCUGUUGCCGUCGUCGUCCAGGCUGUGGCAAACGUCGUUGUGGCUGUCGUUGCAAAGGCCGUUGAGGUCGUCAAGGUAGUGGUGCAGGCGGUCGUGGCCGUCAGCAUUGCCGUCGUCACGCAAGUUGCCAAGCUCGCCGUCUUUAUCGCCACCGGCAAUUACAGCAACACGCUUACCCUGCCCGUCAACCUUGGCCCGCCCGCUUCCGUCCUGGCCGAGUCCCCCUGGGGAUCCGAUGGCUUCAAGUUCUACGAGUACACUCCUGAGGAGGGUGGCUCCAAGUGGGAGGCAUCUGCCGCCGCUCUCGAGAAGAUCCAGACGGAGCUGGUUGGUGAGGCUGAUCCCGAGCCCGGUAUUGAGCUCUGGUGCGUCGACUGUGGCGUCAGGGGUAAGAUUUCUGCCACUGGUUCCAUCAGCGCCACACCCCUCUCCGGUCUGAAGAAGGGCAGCAUUGGCAUCUCUGGUAACAUGUAUGCCGGUGUCUUCCUUGGCGUCAACGCUUUCACCCAGUGGGAGAAGACUGUCCGCAAGGAUCUAUUCGUCAAGGGUCUGCCCGGAUGGUCGAUUCCUGGCAUUGUCAGCCUGGGUCCUCGCCUUAUUCUCGCCGCCCAGGCCACCAUUAGUGUUGAGGCUGAGGGUCAGAUCCUCACCGGUGCUAGCCUGAACUGGCCUGCCUUCCAGGCUACCCUUGAUUUCGUCGACAAGUCGCAGUCCUCGCAGUCUGGCUGGACUCCCGAGCUCACAAAAAAAUUUGAAGCGCACGGAGAGGUCACUGCUACUGCUGCUCUUGGUCUCCCCGUUAUUGUCAACUUCGGCAUCAACAUUCUCAACGGCGUGUGGGAGAAGGGUAUCAACCUGACUGACUUCCCCGCCAUCACUGCUGAGGCUUCGUUCGAGGCUGAUUUUGGAACCGAUAAGAACCAGCUCGGCAGCGAUGACUGCGAAGGAAUUGAUUGGGACAUCUCGCUUACCAACGAGCUCCGUCUCGAUGUCAGCGAUGGCCCUGGCUUCACUCUCAAGCAGUGGGCAUCGCCUGCACUUGCCAGCGGAUGCAUUGGCGCCAGCCGCGAUAGCGACGACUCGGAGGAAGAGGCGACCACUACGACCACGUCUGCUACUCCGGAGCCUACCGUUGAGGAUCUCAGCCUCAAGUGCCCUGCCGCAGACGGAACGACCUACACGGACUCCAACCUGAACACUUACACCAUCAAGUGCCACAUCGACGCUCCCGGUGGCGAAAUUGCGACCUCUCUUCAAAGCAACUUCGAUGACUGCAUCAGCUGGUGCGGUGCCAUGUCCUCGUGUGUUGGCGUUUCCUGGGUUCCCAACCGCUCGACCUCGGACAACUGCUUUGCCAAGUCUGUCAUUGGAACACAGCGCAACUCCGAUGUCUACUCUGGUUACGAGAUUGAUAUGGCUAUCAUGAACAAUCCCUUCACCAUCUUGAGCAUGAUUUACGCGGAUAGAGAUAUCACCGCCGCCGCCAACAACAACAUCAUCCAGGGCCGCACGCUUGUCAUUAACACGAACACCAUCUCGGGCUGGGCUGGAGAUCCCUGGGGAGGCAAUCAGAAGAGUAUCUUCUUGCUCUACAUGUAUGGUGCCGAGACCAGGACCUUCGUCAGCCAUGAUGGCCAGGGAACCUUCACCAUCAACCCCGGUUCGGUUCAAUGGCCUUCUGAGAUCGUUCCUACCACUGGCCAGUCCUGGAGCGUUUAUAAUCUCCAAGUGGUUGCAGUUUGUUAUGGAAUCAACGCCAUCACCAGCACCAGCGUUUGGUCCAACAUCUACUACUAUGCUCGCUACACCGGUCAAUUCCAAUUCACCAACGGCAACUUCCAGUGGGAUACCUGGCCGGGCAUUGUCAAGUCUGGUGUCAUCUGGUACAAAGACCUCGAGACUGGCGCUUUCUAUGCCAUGGCUGUUCGCGAGAACAACUAUGGUGGAUUUGCCCAAGUCAAGGCCCGCAAGCGUAGCCUCGAGAUCGACGCUGGUCCCUACAGUAACGGCACUGACUCCAACUCGACUGUUACAAGCAGCAUCGCUACUCCGGAGUCCACUCCUUUCAGCUCGAGCUCGGUCUUGCUGGCGGAUGAAAUCAUGAGCUUGACUGCUACCCCCACCGAUUCCGAGUUCCCCCAGAUGACCCCGACCAUCGUCAACGGCACCAGCUCCAGCAACUCCACUAGCUCUGGCUCCUCCUCCGAGUUCUCCCAACUUACCUCUUCCAACAGCACCAGCAACUCCACCAGCUCUGAUUCUUCUACUUUCCCUCAGCUGGUCCUGACCAACUCCACGAGCGAAAGCAACUCAACCUCCAGCAGCUCCAACUCGACCUCUGAAUUCCCCCAGCUGACCCUGACCAACUCGACGUCCUCGCUCAACUCAACCAACUCCACCGACGCCGACGUCGCCAUCUCCUCCUUCACCCUCCGCGACACGACGCAGACCCUCCUCGUCAACGCGGGCACGAACGGCAACCUCUUCCUCUCCAUCAUCGGCGACGCCACCGACCUCUCCAACUUCACAACCGGCGCCCCCUUCACCGGCGUCUCCGAAACAUCCACCAUCUUCGGCGACGACGACUCGCGCCUGCUGCACUACUACCCAUCCGUCAUGUCCAAGACCGGCGCCUCGCGCCUGCGUCUCGCCGCCUGGGACGACCUGCCCAACGGCUCCAAGCUGAUCAACCUGACGCCCAUCACCACCGGUGGCGUCAGCUUGCUGAUGGCCAUCGAUGCCGACGGCGCGUACUUCUGGCCGUUCUUCUGCGGCAUCAAGGGGCAGCUGAACAAGGUGUUCCUCGUCAGCGAUCCGGAUGCCGGCGCGGCGCAGCUGGAGGCUGAGAAUAUGAAGUUCACGGUGACGGGUGGUGAGGCGUAUAGCUGUAAUCCGUUGGCGUUGGAGGCGGUGGCGGUGUAG